AUGUCUCGGCCAAAUGGGGUCGCGCGUGGGGACACGGGGGGAGACGGCACUGCUGCUGCCGGCCCCUUCAGCUUCAGCCCGGAGCCCACGCUUGAGGACAUCCGCCGCCUCCAUGCUGAAUUUGCUGCUGAACGAGACUGGGGCCAGUUCCACCAGCCUCGGAACCUCCUACUGGCCUUGGUGGGGGAAGUGGGGGAACUGGCAGAGCUCUUUCAGUGGAAACCUGAUGAGGAGCCUGGCCCCCAAGCCUGGCCCCCCAGGGAACGGGCAGCCCUUCAAGAGGAGCUUAGUGAUGUCCUCAUCUACCUGGUGGCACUAGCAGCACGCUGCCACGUGGAUCUGCCCCAAGCGGUGCUCUCCAAGAUGGACAUCAACCGACAGCGCUACCCAGCACAUCUGUCCCGUGGCUCUGCCCUCAAGUAUACAGACUUACCCCAUGGGGCCACCUCUGAAGACCAAGCUGGGGGGCCUGCAGACCUUGCCUGUGAGUCCACAGGCCAGGCCUCAACCUAG